UGGUGUUUGUGUGUGCAAUUAAUACUUUUUUAAUAAUUGAAGUGUACUACAUACAAUUAACUACUUUUUGGGGGGGAUAGUAACAUUUUAAGAAAGUGUGUAAUUUUACGAUGAUAAAAUAAGACUACACCAUAACCAAUUCAUACUUCAAACCCUUAUCUGGCUAAAUUGUAUUUUGUAAAUGUAUCAUCAUUAUAACCUGAAGUCCAGCUCAUCAUUGGCUACUGUAACAUAACGUAAUUAAUUAACAGUGUUACAAUAUAACACAAUUGCAACAUCACACGUUGCUGCCUGCUGCUACAUGGUUUCAACUCCACAACCUAUCUUGACCACCAUCUAGUGGUAUAAAUAGUUCUUACAUAAAAAUCCAAAAUGGCGGCGCCCUUAAGGACAUUGUGCUGUACAGCUUUGAGGCAUUCCAGUCGUUGUUUUACUACGACGUGUGGGACACAGGCUGGAAUCAAGUGGAGGACCGAAAAUGGUCUGGCCCGCAGUGGAACAGAGUAUGGCCCCAUGACAGAUCUCCCUGACUGGUCCUUUGCAGAUGGCCGGCCUGCGCCCCCCCUGAAAGGACAGCUGAGGAGAAAGCAGGAGAGAGAGACGUUAGCACGACGUGUAGUGAAUCUCAGCUCGGAGGUGGAUAAGGGGAUGGAGGUGUGGAGGGAGAAACAGGAAGAAGCCAAAAGAAUGCAGGAACACAAUAAAUCUCUUCUGCUUAAACCCAAAGGAAACCUUUUAUUGAAGAAAAAUAAGUAAUUAUCACAUUUUCUGUUCUAGCCCACUUGAGUUAUUGACAAAAUGGAGAUUUGCGCAGUUGGUGUAUGGCAUUGUCUUUCCAUUUGCGUUUGUACUUAUUUAGCCCUUUUCAUUGUUUUCUGAAAUUAAACUUGAAUGUAAAUCCACUGCC